GUGCAGAUAAAAAUUAAGACACUUUCAUCCCGCGGCAGUCACCGUGUUCGUGGUAAAGGAAAGGAAAGGACCGUGCUAUGACCGACGGCCAAUCGCACCGCCUUUUGCGGAGGAUUAACCGUGUGCGCUGCGGUGCCAACACACGAAAAGUAGCUUGAUGAGUGUCCAAAGUAGUGGAAGUUUAGAGGGGACGCCAUCUUUGGUCCCAGCUCUCCACGUCCCCAACACGGACUGUUGUUUUCCGUAACAUACCACGGCGGUGGUGAAGGCCCGCAGAAGGCACCAUGGAGGAGCUGAACAGCCUGGACCCCCGGAGACAGGAGCUGCUGGAGGCACGCUUUAUGGGCGGGGUCGGCGGCAGCACAGGAGGCAGCACUGGCAGCACAAGUGCAGGAACCAAAGGAUUGACCAAUAAUGAAUGUUCAAAUCAAAGUUUUGGAAGCCUUGGAUCCUCAAGCGACAAGGAGUCAGAGGGGUCCGAAGUGAAAAGAGGCAGUUCUCCUGCUUAUUCGACUCCUGAGAAGAAACAGUCAGAAACACAGAGAGGCAGAAAAAGGAAACCUGAGAUCCAAUCAGAGAGCAGCCAAGGAAAAUCAAUUGCACGAGGACCCAAAAUAAGUGAUUAUUUUGAUUUUCAGGCAGGAAAUGGGUCCAGUCCUGUGCGAGGUCUCCCACCAGUGAUUCGAUCGCCCCAGAACUCCCAUUCCCUCUCAGCUCAGGGUAUCACUGUUGGACAAAAUAGCUCAUCUCCUACUAGUCUGUCUUUUGGGGACCACCUGACUCAGCCAAAGCAACUAGCAGUCAAAUUUGUUCAGACUGACCUCACAGUGUUGAAGCUGGCUGCCCUUGAAAGCACGAAGAACCUUGACCUCGAAAAGAAGGAGGGGAGAAUAGAUGACUUGCUUCGGGCAAACUGUGAUCUCAGGAGACAGAUAGAUGAACAACAAAAAUUACUUGAAAAGUACAAGGAACGCUUGAAUAAAUGCAUUACUAUGAGCAAGAAGUUGCUCAUAGAAAAGAGCACCCAGGAGAAGCAGGCCUGCCGGGAGAAAAGCAUGCAAGACAGACUUCGUUUAGGCCAUUUCACUACAGUGAGACAUGGAGCGUCGUUUACAGAGCAGUGGACUGAUGGAUAUGCCUUCCAGAACCUUGUCAAACAGCAGGAGUGUACAAACCAACAGAGAGAGGACAUUGAGAGGCAGAGGAAACUCCUAGCCAAGAGGAAACCUCCAUCCUCUACCAGCUCCCAAGCACCAACCACAAACUCGGAGCCAAAGCAACGCAAAACAAAGGCAGUGAAUGGAGCAGAGAGCGACCCCUUUCUAAAACCUAGCCUACCUCAGCUGCUGACACUAGCAGAAUACCAUGAACAGGAAGAGAUCUUCAAACUGCGACUAGGACAUCUUAAGAAGGAAGAGGCUGAGAUCCAGGCGGAGCUGGAGCGUCUGGAGAGAGUGCGCAACCUUCACAUUCGGGAGCUGAAGAGAAUAAAUAAUGAGGACAGUUCACAAUUUAAAGAUCAUCCAACAUUAAAUGAACGAUAUCUGCUCCUACACCUUCUGGGAAGAGGGGGCUUUAGUGAAGUUUACAAGGCUUUUGACUUGAUUGAGCAACGAUAUGCUGCUGUGAAAAUCCAUCAACUUAACAAGAACUGGAGGGAGGAGAAAAAGGAGAACUAUCACAAACAUGCGUGCCGAGAGUACAGAAUACACAAGGAGCUGGACCACCCCAGAAUAGUGAAACUUUAUGACUACUUCUCAUUGGACACCGACACGUUUUGCACUGUCAUGGAGUACUGCGAAGGCAACGACUUGGAUUUCUACUUGAAACAGCACAAGCUAAUGUCUGAGAAGGAGGCGCGGUCUAUCGUCAUGCAGAUUGUUAAUGCAUUAAGAUACCUGAAUGAAAUCAAACCUCCCAUCAUCCAUUACGACCUUAAGCCAGGAAAUAUUUUGUUAGUGGAUGGCACCGCCUGUGGGGAAAUCAAAAUCACUGACUUUGGUCUGUCAAAAAUCAUGGAUGAUGACAACUACGGCGUGGAUGGGAUGGACCUGACUUCGCAGGGCGCCGGGACCUAUUGGUACCUGCCUCCUGAAUGUUUUGUCGUUGGCAAAGAACCUCCAAAGAUCUCCAAUAAAGUGGACGUGUGGUCCGUGGGUGUCAUCUUUUUUCAGUGUCUGUACGGAAGAAAGCCUUUCGGCCACAAUCAGUCCCAACAGGACAUCCUGCAGGAGAACACCAUACUGAAAGCCACGGAUGUUCAGUUCCCUGUCAAGCCUGUUUCCAGUAAUGAAGCAAAGGCCUUCAUAAGGCGGUGUCUGGCAUACAGGAAGGAGGACCGGAUCGACGUUCACCAGAUGGGAAGCGACCCGUAUCUGCUCCCUCAUAUGCGGAGGUCAAGCUCCUCUGGAAACCUGCAGAUAAACGCUGCGGGCUCGGGGCCGGCCUCCUCCAGCAUCGUUUCAUACUGACCGUGUCGUACUGUGGCGGCGAAAAGGCAACUAAGUUCAGCUCCCGCAGAGCUUCUCCGAGGCUCCGGCAUGCGGGAGAAGGAACAGCCGGCGACAAAAGGAGCAGGACACUGGUGGGGAGAUUUCACCCGGCCUCCUGGGACCUGCGCCAGGCUUCUACUUGUUUACCAGGGCUCGAUCGGUGGAGGGACAGUGAGGGGACGGUUUUAAAAGGACAUGGGUGAAAGGAUCUUUUUGAGGGUCCGACUAAAGCACUGAUACUGGCGACGUACCAUGAAGAAAAUGUGACUGGCUGUUCUGUUCAGAUGCUGCCGAUGGAAAUGGCCGAAGGGACACUGGCCAUCGUUUUAGAUUAAAUAACAUGGUCCUGCUACAGUGCAAAUGAUUCAGCUGCUAGAAGUUAUUGUACUGGGAAGGAGGGGACAGUCGUCGUUAUGUAGAACUACAAAGAUUUCUCUGAAUAAUUUGGCUAAAUGUUUCAUUUAUCCACAGAUCUUGGGCUUUGAUUUAAGUUACUUCGCCAUGACAAUGUAAUGUGUAGCAUACAAGUGGCAUCUAGUGUCACGUAGGUUGGGACAGCGUACUUACGUUUAAUGCACAAAGUAACCAAAUGUAGAAAAUGACGAUGUAUAAAAUCCUAUGCAGGAAUAUUAAUGAAUAAAUUGGAAACUGUAUAUGCUCUACAGGUGAAUUCAGAAUUUUGAGCCGUAACAGAAUUGUGUACAAAAAAAUUGCAAUUUGCCCGAGCAAACUAGUAUUUCAUUUUGCUGCUUUAUUGCUCUUACUUUUUCAAGGGCCGUAUCUUCCACUUUGAGUACAAAUUGUACAGUUCUGCUAAUAGUGAAUAAUAAAUGCCAGGAAAUGUAAAUCCCUCCCA